AUGAAUUAUCAAAAUAAUAUUGCUGGUCUUUAAAAUAAAGUUAAAUAAACUAGGAUUGAAUUGAAAAUUUAAUCAAUACUUAAAAACGCCUAAGAUAAUAAGAAUAAUAAAAUUAGAAUGGAUUUGAAUGGUAAUCCAAUAAGUAAAAAUUCAAAGAAUUACACAGUCAAUUUUAAAUAAAAUCUAUGUACUGUCUAUAUAGUAGAGAAUUGGAAGAAAUACAAUAUUUUGGAGAAUAACAAUUAAUUAUAAGAAGUUGAAUAUAAACGAAAAUGUAUGAAAAAUUGUAAUUUAUUUUGA